CAGAAAAUGACCUUUAACCGGGCUGGAGGCUGACCUUUCACCCCAAGCUGCUACGAAGAAGGCGUAAUUUUUGCGAGGUAAAAAUCAGCAGUGAAACCAGGUUAGAAAUGGCGGAGACAGGUAACGGGUCUCCUCCUGCAGUUUCCCAGGAAUCCUAUCGUGGGUCUCCUGCCGAAGUUUUAUUGGACAUGGAUGUCAGCAAUGUCGAAGACCAGCCUACUAAAAGUUUGGACAAUCAGUCAGAAACACAUAUGGAUGAGAAACCCUACAUGUGUGGGGAGUGUGGAUUCAGGACAAGUUGGAAGUCUAAUUUAUCCAAACAUAUAAAAACUCAUACCAGUGAAAGACCCUACAAGUGUGACCAGUGUGAUUAUUCUGCUGCAACUAAAUCUACAUUAGACUCUCACCAUCUAGCCAAACACGCUGAUGAGAAGCCCUACAAGUGUGACCAGUGUGAUUAUUCUGCAGCACAGAAAAGACAUUUGAAGUACCACCUAGCCAAACACACUGGUGAGAAACCCUACAUGUGUGGGGAAUGUGGGUACAGGACAGCUCAAAAGGCUCACUUGUCCCUGCACAUGAGAACUCAUACGGGUUUGAAACCCUACAAGUGCAACCUGUGUGACUAUUCUGCUGCAUUGAAAUCUUCAUUGAACCAUCACCAUCAAGCAAAACACACUGGCAACAAACCCUACAUGUGUGAGGAAUGUGGGUAUAGGACAACCUACAAAUCACACUUAUCCCAACAUAUGAGAACCCAUACAGGUGAAAAACCCUACAAAUGUGACCAUUGUGACUAUUCUGCAGCACAGAAAAAUAAUUUAGACAACCAUCUAGCCACACAUUCUGGUGAGAAACUCUACAUGUGUGAGGAGUGUGGGUACAGGACUAAUCGGAAGGAAACCUUAUCUGAUCAUAAGAAAACUCACACUGGUGAGAAGUGUUACAUGUGUGAAAAGUGUGGAUACAGGGCAGCUAAAAAGUCUGUCUUUUCCCAACACAUGAGAACCCAUACAGGAGAAAAACCCUACAAGUGUGACCAGUGUGAUUAUUCUGCAAAACAGAAACGCACUUUGGACCAACAUCUAGCAGAACACACCGGUGAGAAACCCUACAUGUGUGGGGAGUGUGGAUACAAGACAACUAAUAAGUCUAACUUAUCCCAACAUAUUGGAACCCAUACAGCAGACAAACCCUACAAGUGUGACCAGUGUGACUAUUCUACUGUACGGAAAAGCCUUUUGAAAGACCAUCUAGUAAAGCACACGGGUGCAAAACCCUACAUGUGUGAGGAGUGUGACUAUUCUACUGUACGGAAAAGGCAGUUGAAGGAACAUCUAGUAAAGCACACAGGUGAGAAACCCUACAAGUGCUAUAAGUGUGACUUCAGGACAGCUUGGACUUCUCACUUAGCCAAGCAUCUGAGAACUCAUACAGGUGAAAGCUCCUAAAGCGUGACCGAAUGUGAUUUUUCUGUUCUGCAGACAAAUUCUCUUUGAACGUCCUUUUAGCAAAACAGACCGUUGAAAACCUCCACACAUGUAGGGAUUGUGGGUACAUGAUAAGUCGAACUUCCAGCACGACCAAACAUUUGACUGUAUGUUACAAAGUAAAUAACGAUCACCUGUGUUGCAGAUUAACAUCAACAUAAUUUACCCAAAUGGCCAUUUUGGCGUCUGACCCACAAGUGAAAGAUGUGGCUGUGGAAGUGGCGUAACGUAAAGGAUGUGGACUUUAUAGUAGAGAGAUGUUAUGUAUAAUUUGCUGUGAGUAAUUGGGCCAUAUGUGUAAACUAAAGGAAGUCUCACAUACAACAAAUUUUUAAAAAUUGUGUAUAAUUUGGCUCUUUAAAUUCAGUAUGUUACAAAGUAAAUAUACUUGUUAUCUUGCUGUAAUCCUUGUAAUACUGUCGAAACCCUGUCAUGUACCACUGAUUUGCAUACAGCAAACAUGGGAACCUCAUGUACGUACAGAUCUAGCAUUUACUUCAAUUAUUGUUCCUUUUUGCCAUGUUAUUGUUCCUUUUUGACAAAUUUGUGACAGUAGUUAGAAUGAAAACAAGAAUAGAUUCCGUAGAUGCAUUACCCUCUUCUUGUAACGUAUAAAACUAUAAAAAUAAAAGAAUACUUUUCCAUAAUCUGUCCCUCUGAUCUUGUUUGUGUACUAGCCCAACAUUUAAUAUAUUCAGGUUAAUUACAC